AUGUCCCGCACACCCAGCAGCUCUACAUCCCUCCUUCACGGCUCCCUUGAUCCGACCCACGUCUCGAGCCUUUACGCAGACUGGGUCCACCGACCGACACCGUGGCCAUGGGUGCUCGCGAGCGUCAGUCUAUCAAUCAUACUCGGGUUUCUAGGAGUCCAAGCCUCUUACAAGUCCUGGGAGCCGAAGCACCAACGCGGUGCCAAUAUCGAGAAUGGGCUCCGUCACCCCUUCCCACCGGACCCCAGAGCCUACUAUCCCGUGCACCAACGGAAUCCGAGCGACGCCAGCGUGACCUCGUUCUCCUCAUACGGCGAAAGUAACAGGUACGGCGGCCUCGGGAGGUUUGCCCUGGUAACAUCGAUCAUCGGCAUAGGCUGGUCCACCAUCCGUGCCAUUGCGUUGGUGGUGAUUUUGAUCGCGAUCACAAGAGGCGACACACGCCACACAUACCCCGGCGUGAUCAGCGUGGUCAUCAUGUUCACCUCGGUCCAAACGUACCUGGGCAGCCGCGCCAUGCCGCGCAUCCUGUACCUGCUGAUCAUCGUCGACCUGUGCGUCAUCUACGCGUGCAUCAUCCUCGCGCUGCUCUCCUUUGUCAAGCACAAGGAGACAUCGUACCAAGAAUUCACCGUCCAAGGCGGCACCUGCCCGUGCCUCCUCGGCUUCAAGACGGGCCGGAACAUGAACUCGUGCGCCAAGUUUGCCGACAACCUCCCCGAACUUGUCGGAUGCGACCGCGCCUACGAACCCUACGGCCCGAACGACACAAUGACCUACCCAAAGUCAUGCCUCCUGUCCGACGAGAACGACACGACGGACCUCGACCCCAAUCUGAUGACGUACAUGGUUCUGGCGGAGAUCGUCGUCGGCGGCGUCGGCCUCCUGUACGGUCUGAUCGUCCUGCUCUUCGCCUCGCGCUGGAUCCCCGACGCGAUCAAGCACCCGUCCCAGCUCCUGCACGCCUUGACGCUAAUGGACGCCAAAACCCACCGCCGCGACCGCGAGUACGCCAGCCUCUCGCUACCGGAGAAGGUCAAGACCCACAAACUGCCCGGUCGGGCCAUCGGCAUGACCGUCCUGGCCUUCAUCGCGCUGUUGAUGUUCGCCGCCGUGACCAUCGUGGUGCACGUCCUCGACGAGACACGGCCCAUCCGCCUCUUCUACAGGGAUUCGUCGGGCUCGCUGGACGUUCCCGUCCCGGGCACGGCCACCUCCGUGGGGGGAACCAGUUGGAGCGAUUGUUUCGUCGUCGACACUCCCUUCUCGGGGGACGGUGAUUUCAGGGAGUGGUGGGAUUUUAGACAGAGUCGCAUGCUCCGGGCCAUGGCGUUGGCGUGA